AUGGCGCUUUCGUUCGUCUUAGGUUUCGCGGCCGCAGCCCUCGUGCUGCAGAUCAUUCGUAUAGCAUUCAACUCAUGGCAACACUCACGCAAUGCGAAGCGUCUAGGUUGUGGCAGGGUGCCAAUGUACCCGAGCAAAGAUCCUUUUGGAAUCGAUAACCUUAAACAGUCCCUGGUGGCAGACAAGGCCAAACUGGUACCCGAGUUGGCCGUGAAGCGCGUCGAUGUCAUCAGUGGCCAGGAAAACCGUUAUGUGACUACGUUCCUCAUCCGCAACCUCGGUCAAGUCCAUAUCACCACGAUCGAUCCGAAGAACAUACAGGCUAUCUUGGCUACACAGUUCAAAGACUUCGAGCUAGGUCCGGUCCGUCAGAUUACCAUGCAUCCGCUGCUGGGCACCGGUAUUUUCACCGCUGAUGGAGAGGAAUGGAGCCGUUCCCGUAACCUGCUUCGACCUCAGUUCACCCGUGAGCAGAUCAGUCAAUUGGAACUGGAAGAAAAACAUGUACAAAAUGCCAUGCAGGCUUUGCCCGUCGCAGCCAAUGGAUGGACCGCAACAACCGACAUCCAGUCCAUCUUUUUCCGCUUGACCAUCGACUCCGCGACAGAAUUCCUAUUCGGUGAAAGUGUCGAGAGCCAGCUCGGCGCUCUAAAGGGCCUAGAUAGACCCGAAGACAACUUCGCAACUUACUUUGACAAGUCUCAAUGGGUCUGCGCGCAGCGAGUCCGCUUCGAAAAACUUCCCUUCCUAGUUGAAAACAAGGAGACCAGAUUCUCCGACAAACAAGUGCACUCCUUCGUCGACAAAGUCGUCUCAAAGGCCCUAGCAGCCCCUCAAUCUGAAAAGGAUGCCUCUUCCAAUGAAAAACCAUCCUACGUCUUCCUCGAAGCCCUCCUCGAAGUAACCCGCGACCCAAUCGAGCUCCGCUCCCAACUCCUCAACAUUCUCCUGGCCGGCCGCGACACGACAGCAUCCCUCCUAAGCUGGACAAUCCUUAUGCUUGCCCGCCACCCAGACGUCUUCACCAAGCUCCGCGAAACAGUCAUCUCAAACUUCGGCACCUACUCUAGCCCCCAGAACAUCACCUUCAGUGCCAUGAAAUCCUGCCAGUACCUGCAGCACGUGAUGAACGAAGUGCUACGUCUGUACCCAGUGGUCCCUUUCAAUCGCCGCACCGCAAUCCAUAACACGACCAUCCCACGCGGCGGUGGUCCAGACGGUCAAGACCCGGUCUAUGUCCGCAAAGGCCAGGCAGUGAUCUACUCGACGCAUGUUAUGCAUCGCCGAAAGGACCUGUGGGGUCCUGAUGCAGACCAGUUUAAGCCUGAGCGCUGGAUGGAACGAAAGGCUGGCUGGGAGUAUAUUCCAUUCAAUGGUGGACCGCGGAUCUGUAUUGGGCAACAGUUUGCACUUACUGAGGUCGGAUAUGUUAUUGUGAGACUUCUGCAGCGCUUUGAUAAGAUUGAGGAUGGUUAUCCGAACCAGAAGAUUCGAUAUGGUCUUACUUUAACUAGUGCGCCUGCUGACCUGGUCACUGUGCGUUUGCACCAGGCUGAGGAUGCUUGA